AAAUUGCCGCAGCAGAGAGCUGCCGCGCUCGUCGCUAUAAUAUUAUAUAGUGAUGUUUUCACUUUUCGACUUCCAGCGCAUGUGAACUGUGGACUUUCUUUGAACGUGAAACGUCAACGCAGUGCGCAUGCGAUAAUUGUGUCAGCCUGCCGAGUGAAGUGUUUCAAUAUUACUCAUAAUAACCUAAAAUUAUAAACUAAAAAUUGUCUUAUUAAUAAAAUAUGGCUCACUACGGGUAUUUAGAAAAAUUAGGACUUGCAUUUGCAUUGGCAUUAUUAUUUUAUAUAGUUAAAUGUAUUGUAAAUGUGGUGUAUACCUAUGUUAUUGGACCAGUUGUAAAUAAGGUGGAUUUCAAAUCUAAAGGAAAAUGGGCAUUGGUAACCGGAAGCACUGAUGGCAUUGGAAAAGAAUACGCGAAAGAGUUGGCUGCCCGCGGCUGUGAUAUAGUUCUAGUCAGUCGUUCUAUGGAUAAAUUGAAAGCGACUGCUACGGAAAUACAAAACGACUACAAAGUGAAUACCAAAAUAGUUCAAGCUGACUUCAGCGAAGAGGGAAUUUACGACAAGAUCUCCAAAGAAAUAGCUGAUCUAGAAAUAGGAACCCUAGUCAAUAACGUCGGUAUCUCCUACAGUUAUCCUGAAUAUUUCACGGAUAUUGCCGACUGGGAGAACACCGUAACAACAAUGAUAAGAGCGAACAUGGUCUCAGUAACACGGAUGACUGGUAUCAUCCUACCUGAUAUGGUAAAACGAGGCAGGGGUGUGGUCAUCAACAUCGGAUCUGGCUCCUCUCUCAUACCCAGCCCCUUGUUGACCGUCUACGCUGCUUGUAAGGCGUAUGUAGACAAAUUUUCCGAAGGAAUUGACAUGGAAUACAAUAAAAAGGGUAUUAUCGUCCAAUGCGUCCUACCCGGUUUUGUAUGCUCUAAUAUGUCGGGGAUCCGUCGCGCUUCGUUAUUAGCACCCACUGCGAAGACAUUUGUAAAGUCCGCCAUCAGUCUCGUUGGCACCACGUCAAAAACAGUUGGUUACUUCCCUCAUGCUAUAUUCGUUAACACCAUCAACUCAAUUUACGGAAUGUCAGGGAGGUUUGCUGUUUGGCUGAUCACUAGGUCCAUGGAGAACACUCGUCGGAAGGCGUUGAAAAAGUACAAAAACAAGUAAUUGUAUAGUAAACAUUGGUUAUCAGUUGUACCUUUAGCACGAAUUGUAUUUUUUGUAUGAAAACCUUGAACAGCGCUCCAUCCGCAUAUUUCAAACUAAAAUCGGAGUACUUACAUAAUUCGUUCUCGAAUAGUUUUCGUAUUGUGUACUAAAUAUAUAAUGUUCAAACUGGCGAUAUGGUAUCGUGACUGCAUCGUAGACUCGAUACAAUUACUUGACGCAGCUACGGAAAUAUUCGUGCUAAGGGCACUUUUUAACGAUUCGAAAACGUAGCCUUAUUUUUAAUAGAUGAGAAGUAAGACCGUUUUUAUUCUUAAUUUUUUUUCAUAAUGGACUCAUAAAAAUAUCGCUAUAUAAUAACGCUUAUCUUUUUGAAUCGUCUGGAAUAAGUGUUGGGAAUAUUCAUACAUUUUGGAAACUGAAUCGAAUGGCAUACCUAAUAAAUCCUCAUUUAUAAUCCAUUUGGUUUUCCAAAGACUUAAAAUCAUCGUUUUUGCUUCUCUAUGAACCGUGUUUCCAAAUGGAAAUUUAGAAUUUGCUUAAACGUGGUUCGGUUGUUGCUAUUUUCAAAAUAAUGAAUAUAACCUACCAAACCUUAUACUAUUCGACUAAUUCCACUAAAAAAAUGUAUAUUAAGACCACGGUCAAAUUACCGUUAUAUGUUAUGUAAAUAUUUGGUGAACGAUAUGCUUUAGAUUCGGGAUGGUGGUCUUAGUUAAGUCUUGUAUAAAAUAAGUAAAAUUUUAUGUUAUAACCAAAGAUUUUAGGUGAUUUGGGAAGGUCCCAUUUUAGUUUUAACACUGCCGUUACAUUUUUAAUAGGCUGUGUAUUGCAUUUAGAAUAAGUGGAUCUAUUGAGUCUAACUAAAAACUGUGAUUAUUUGAAUUAUAUGUGGCCUAAACAUCUACAUAUUUAUAUUGAAAAUUUCAGAAAAAUAAGAAAUCAAAAAGUUUUAUAUGGGUAUUGAAGCAAGAUAAUGCGUUCGUAUGAAGAUAUUGGACGGUUUUCUUUGGCACGUGGCAACAUUGCUUCAAGUACUUUAAGUCUCAAUAAAUCCUAAAUGCCAUUUGCUUCUAGUAGUUCGGGUUUGUUACCUAUUUAAAUAAAUUGGUGGAAAAGAAAACUUUGUAUUAUUUUCCCGG